AUGAAGAUGAUUUUCGGUCACAGUAAUACUACCACAUUCGAGCUGCUCGAUUAUACAGUGGUUACAGCUCCUGUCAUUGGAAUGAAUGGCUCAUCUAUAUAUGCGUUCAUAAAGUCUGGUUCUCAAAUUGAUCUUCAGGGUCACGAGAAAAACGCGUUUAAGUGCUCAACUUCCGAUCUAUCUCUCUCAAAUGAUUCAAUGAUCGUCAUGAAGAAUGUGCGCGUAGUCGCUUUCGCAGCACUGGAAACUCCUAAUUUCCCGAAGGAGCAAGCUUUCGAACAGUGCCUUUUGGACUCACGUACUUCUGAUAUCGUACCAAUUGUUGUUGGGGCAUGUCUUGCUGGACUUGUCGUCAUCGUUCUUGUAGCUUAUCUCAUUGGAAGAGCUCGCGCGAAACGUCAGGGAUACGCUAGCGUAUAG